AUGAAGUUGAAACUCUUUAAUGCAACGGCGCACUUGCGACCGGCAAUCUGCCGACAAUGCAGACGUGAUGUUUCCAACUACGCUGUUCCAACACAUUUCAGGGUUGUACUUCUAGACGGUAUGGCAUCUCAGGUGCCUGUCCUAGAGCCGCAAACCUUGCUAGAGGAUCCGACUGGUCUGGUGAAGUCGUCACCACAAGGAGCGCGUCCCUAUCUGGAACAACUCGAACUUCAGAUUCGAUAUCGAAGAGCUUUAGAGCUUCGACUAAACUCGCGGCUCCAGGGACUGGAGUCGAAGGUUUCCGAUCUCGAAUCUGCGCUGGAGACGCUUGAAUUUCUGCACACUGAUAACACCGGUGAGCUGCAGCUGCUGGGGGAACUCGAGACCCGCUUCGAACUGUGCGACGGCGUCUACGCUCGCGCGGUGAUUGAUCGACAGUCCCUCAAAACAGUGUUUCUGUGGCUUGGGGCGAAGACUAUGGUUGAGUUUUCCUGCGAAGAGGCGAAAGCCCUUCUUGAGAGGAAUCUGGAUCUGGCUCGAAAGUCAGUGAGGGAGCUGAAAGAGCAGCUCAAUACGGUCCGUUCUGAAAUAGUGACUGCGGAAGUGAACAUGUCACGUUUGUACAACGCGGAAGUUGAAUUGCGAAGAAAAUAA